GCAAAGUCUCAUUGACUCCCACUUUGUGUUCAAACAAUACUUUGCUUUUCAUUCAAUUCAUAAUUAAAUCGAAAAAAUGAGGUUUAGAUUUUGCGGACAAAACGACUGUCAGGACUGGCUUUUGGCACAAAUCUCUUUGCUCUCUAAACUCACAUCCAUCAAAAUGAAACUCUUGUGCAAUGAAUGUCUCAAUGAUUUGAUUGACAAACAAAUGAACAUGGAGAAAGUGAUGAAAAUAGGAUCCGAUGCCAAACUGGACGCUCAAGACAUGAAAGCAUGUGUUUCGGCCGUUGUCUUCGUUUUGUCCAACUCUUGCAAAUAUAAGACCGAUUGUGCGACACUUUCACAUGAAUUACAACAAUUAGGUCUUCCCAAAGAACACAGUCUAUCACUUUGUAAAGUAUAUUCAGAAAACAUGGAUCGACUCCAAGAGGCUCUUAAGCAACAGAGUCUUCGAUCAUAUGUCUUCACUGGUCUUAAUAUUAAAAAUGUUAGCGAAAGCUCUAAUUCAAGCGCUGAUAACAGCAAAGAACGGGAAACGAAAGCCACUGAAGUGACAGUUAAUGGUCUCUCCGAUAAUAAAACAGAGGCCAAAGACGACGACUUGAGUGAAGACGACGACACGACCUCUGCUUCUGAAACAGAGUUAAGUAAUUCCUCGAAAGGAAGUAAACGGAAAUCACAGACGCGUUCUGUUAAGACACGGAAACGAUAUCACACUCACAACAAAGAUAAAGACUCGAAGAAACGAAAAUCAAAUCAAGAGUUGAAUAAAAUUGAAGACAAAAACGGAAAAGAAAAUGAAGAGAAAAAGAAAAAAGAAAGAAAAGACAGCGACAAAGAAUCCAAUGACGUCCGCUCUUUGGCCACAACACGAAGGGGUCGAAAGCCUAAGGCUCUGAAAAACGAGGAAAAGGAUAAGACAUCCAAAGAGGCGAAAGAGACGAGUGGCUCAUCGCUCAAGAAGAAGCUCCAAAAGGGAAAGUCUGACCGAACGGCGAUCGCGGAGUUGAAGAAGUCGGGCAAACACUUCCUUCAGGGCGGGUCGUGUGUAGAGGUGGCGCCAAAACUGCCCAAAUGCAGGGAAUGCCGAAUGACUCCAACACAACGAAACCGAAAGCCAACCAUAUUUUGUCGAUUUUAUGACUACAGGAAACUCGCGUUUAAGAGCAAUAUCUUGACGAUCGCGGGUUUCUCUCAGCCUCAAGACGCCAACGAAGACGACUUAAAGCUAUGGCUUCCGAGUGCAGAAGACGUGCCCACACAUCUGGACGCGGAAACGGCUAAGUUUGUGAUCGCACACGUCGGCGACCAGUUCUGUGAUUUGGUUAAACAGGAAAAAGAGGCACAACUUCUUCACAUGGGAUCGACCAAUAAGAAUAUAACGUGGAAACGAGUGGUGCAGGGAGUGAGGGAAAUGUGUGACGUCUGUGAGACCACUUUGUUUAAUAUUCAUUGGGUUUGUGAUAAAUGCGGUUUUGUUGUCUGUAUUGACUGUUAUAAAGCCAGAAAAGUUGGUUCAAUCAAAGAGGAGUUGUGUCCCGCAAAAGAUAGAGAUGGCUUCCAAUGGCUUCUCUGCAAUAAUCGACAACAACACGAACCACAGAGACUCGAAGUGACACAAAUCAUAGCGGCAUCUGCUCUGUCGAGUGUCGGCCGAAUGCUCCACACUUUACGGACCAAAUGGAAUAUCAGAUCCAACUGUACGUGUGUUAGUGUCUCACUCAAAGACAUGGCUCACAAAAAGUCCAAUGGAUUUACAAAACAAGUGUUAAGUGUAGUGAAGAUCGACAACAAACAGGUGUAUGGCGUGAAUGAGACGAAUAACAAGAAUUGGAAGUCAAUUAACGGUGCGGUCGCUAUCAUUAAACAGGAAACUGAUAGCACUCUGACGGGCUAUAGUUCAGAGAGUGGUAACUCUCCGCUCAGUUUCUUUGUGGACGUCGCUCUCACUUCAGAGAAACUCAUUUCUAAGACUUCGCCCAUUAAAGAGGAAAACGACCAAAAGUCGAAGAAAAGGACAUCCAUUAAGACAGACAAAGAUUUGGAAAUAUCAAGUGAUGGCGACGACGACAAUAAGCACUCGACUCUUCGUGAACUCCUGAUGGGCCCGACAUCUAAGCCUACAAAGGAUACCAAAUCUAACGGUUCUCCUCUCAGUGACUCUCAAACGGCAACACUUAAAACGACGAAUCAAUUGCCAGAACAAGAGUCAACUGAUUUGGAGACAAAAGACGAGAACUGCGAGAAGAAAGAGCCGCCAAAAGAAUUACAACACUUCAUGAGACGAUAUUUCCCUUUGCGUAAAGAAUCGGAACCGUUGCCUAUCAUAUGUCGUACUUUGGAGGAAACAAAGAAACAGUUCCCUCUUAUACCUCACGAGUGGUUCUGUGGCGGAAGACUACUUGCAUUACACGAACCGAAAAGUAGUGAGAAUAUACACUUAUUCCAGGAACAGUGGAUACGCGGACAGCCGGUUCUGGUUAAAGACAAUCACAAGAAUCUAAACGCCCAGCUCUGGCAUCCGGACUCUUUCAGUAAAGAUUUUGGUGACGUUAAGAACGAUUUGAUUAAUUGCUUGAAUGGAGAUAUUUUGUCCAAACAACCGAUGAGGAAGUUUUGGGACGGCUUUGAGAGCUUACAGAUCAGAAUGAAAGACAAAGCCGGAGAAUAUAUGCUUUUGAAGCUAAAGGAUUGGCCGCCGGACGAAGAGUUUAGUGAAUUAUUGCCCACGCGUUACAAAGAUCUGAUGUCAUCGCUUCCACUGCCCGAAUAUACCAAUAGAAACGGUGUUCUCAAUCUCGCCGGUCGUCUCCCCGAGUGCUUCGUUCGACCAGAUUUGGGACCAAAGAUGUACAGCGCGUACGGGUCUUGCCUUCACGCCGAUAGGGGCACAACUAAUCUUCAUUUAGACAUUAGUGAUGCCGUGAAUGUCAUGAUAUUUGUCGGCAUUCCUAAAGAGAAUAAUAAAUCAGAAAAGGAUUGUCUUCAGGAAGUGUUGACAGCUGUAGACAACGGCGGUUGUGAUGAACUCAUGAAAAGACGAGUGCGAGAAAAGGGCGUUAAAGUGGGCGCUCUCUGGCAUAUAUACAACGCUAGAGAUGCCGACAAAAUACGUGACUUACUUAACAAAGUGGCGGUCGAGAGGGGAGAGACACUCGAACCACAUCACGACCCCAUUCACGACCAAAGUUGGUAUUUAGACGACGUCCUCCGGAACAGACUGCUGAAGGAGUACGGAGUGGAGGGUUACGCGAUUGCCCAGUGUUUGGGUGACGCCAUAUUCAUACCGGCCGGUGCUCCCCAUCAGGUCCGUAAUCUCCACAGUUGUGUCAAAGUUGCCGGAGAUUUUGUUUCACCGGAGAAUGUGUCCCAUUGUUUCAAUUUGACGCAAGAGUUCCGCCAGUUGUCGGACACCCACACCAAUCAUGAGGACAAACUGCAGAUCAAAAACAUUAUUUACCACGCCGUCAAAGACGCGCUCUCUGUCCUCCGUAACCACAACAGCCCUCCCAACGAUUCCAAUUGACCCCCAACUCAGUCAGCAUAGAGUGACUGAUCCUAACAGUUGUAAUACUAGUCAGUCGUUUGCCGGCCAUCUCUGGACUCUCGAGAUGUGCCGCCAAACGACUUGAUGUGCAUUUGAAGACACGAUUGGCCAAAGAUUGGCCUCAUUUGUAACCAUUGAUACAUAACUUGUAAUAACGGCUCAUUCGAUGUAAUUAUAUAUGAAUACCAAUACUUUUCGACUAUUUUGUUGCGAACAUACAUUCAUUCGGUGUAUUCGACAUUCGAGUCCAUCGUUUGAACUGAUUUAUACAUAAAGAGCUCAAAACAUUGUUUUUAGUUUUUGUGUAAUAUUUGAUGCCUUAUAUGAUAUAAUAUCUGGUUUUUGUUCAUUUAUUAUCAUUUAUUAAUUAAAUAAUUUUAUUUUAAAUUCUGCCAUCGCUUUGGCUUUACAUUCAGAUUUGUUUUAAAUGCC